GCCAGUGAGUCAGUGAGAUAAGGUUGGUAGGUUUCACUUAAUCCAGGAAGUCGUCACAGACUGAGGGACGUGGGUAUAAAUCAACCCAGAAUGAAGCUGAAUUCCUCAAUAAAAAGCCGUCCUGCCCUGAGACACAAUGAAGAGGGAACUUUGUCUCAGCAUGGUAACUCCUGCAACCACAAUGGGCUCAGUGAAAUCAGCCGGACUGUCUCUUCUUCUGUUGUCUUUUCUUAUUUACGUAGCUGAAUCUUACCCCAACAUUGAACUAUCAAACAUGGGCUGUGAAGAGUGCACACUGAGAAAGAACAGUGUUUUCUCGAGGGAUCGUCCAGUCUAUCAGUGCAUGGGCUGCUGCUUCUCCAGAGCGUAUCCAACACCUCUUAAGGCCAUGAAGACGAUGACGAUCCCAAAGAACAUCACCUCGGAGGCGACAUGCUGUGUCGCAAAGCACAGCUACGAGAUAGAGGUGGCCGGCAUAAGGGUGAGAAACCACACAGACUGCCACUGCAGCACCUGCUAUUUUCACAAGAUAUGACAGAACUGUGGAUCGGCGCACUCAGCUCGGCAACAGAUUGUGUUUCUCUUCACAUGUACGAACCUUUCUCUGUUUAAAAAAACUUCUUCUUGUGUUGUCAGAUAAUAUUUUUGUAGCCAUUCCGUGUCUGUGACGUGCAAUUAGCCUAUAUAUUUGCAUUGAUAAAUGUGUAUGAUUAAUUGUAGACU